AUGUCCUACUCGCUCGCCGAGACCAAUAUCCUUCACGAUCUCCACUCCGCCCUAUCUACAAUGCAAGACCACUACUUCUCAGUAUGGCUCGGCAAAUACACAACAGCGAUAGAUUGGACAGCAGCCGUCAUGUCGACCUACGUCUCAGCUACCCUCUCGUCGCUCUCCCACUCGCUCGCCUACACAAUGCCGGGCACAUUUGACAAGAGCCGGAAAAUGGACGUCGAGGCACAGAUGGUGGAGAACGAGAUCAACAAGUACUUUGCGCAGACCACCGCGUACUACUUCGGCGAAGACCAUUUUGCGAUAAGAAUGCAGGCAUUCGAUGAUAUGCUGUGGGUAGUCUUGGGCUGGCUGGAAGCAAGCGGUUUCGUCGAGAGCCAUUCCACUGAGCACUACACGUCUAAUAAGGCUGGAGCGAAGGAAUGGCAUGCCAGGCAGUUCGUCCCUGCUUUCGCCCACCGAGCCCGCGUUUUCUACAAAUUGGCGGAGAAGGGAUGGGACUGGAGGCUCUGCGGCGGCGGCAUGACUUGGAACCCGCGUCUCUUACCGUACAAGAACGCCAUUACGAAUCAGCUCUUCAUUUCGGCGAGUAUCAGCAUGUACUUGCACUUUCCGGGUGACAAUAAUUGUUCACCGUUUCUUUCGCAGCACGACAAGAUUGGCCUACAGCAAGAUCAGCUAUUUGAUGACUGCGACGAGGGGCACCGGGCACGCUACGAUCCUGUUUAUCUCGCGAACGCAGCGAAUGCGUACGAAUGGCUGAAGAACAUCGGUAUGACGAACGACCAGGGACUUUACGUUGACGGCUUCCAUAUCGGAGGUUACCGCACGAAUCAUAGCAAGACAACAUGCGAUGAGCGGAACGAAAUGGUGUAUACCUACAAUCAAGGCGUCCUCCUGUCUGGACUUCGCGGGCUGUGGGAAGCUACUGGCAAGACCUCAUAUUUGGAAGAUGGCCAUGAGCUCAUCAGGAACGUCAUACGUGCCACAGGCUGGAGAAAAUCUCAACCUCAUCGAAGCGAUGGUCCAGAAGACGAAAAAGAAGCACUACCGGCUGACUGGGCCGGCCUGGGUUCCAAUGGUAUCUUAACGGAACUCUGCGAUCCCUCUGGGCGCUGCAGUCAAGAUGGCCAGACAUUCAAAGGCAUCUUCUUCCACCAUCUAACGUCCUUCUGUAAGCCUCUUCCAACUCGACCAGCUAGACCGGGGAAAACACAUGCAGCACCCAAAGAGCUAGCAAUGUUACACGCAAACAGCUGCAGGGAAUACACCGCAUGGGUCGUUCACAACGCCCAAGCCGCGCUCCGAACGCGCGACCAAGACGGCCGAUUCGGCGCAUGGUGGGGCGCACCAAAACUCUCAUCUCCAUCCUCCUCCUUCCACGACAACAGGAAAUCGGCGUCUCAUCCUCAUCCAGUCCUUCCGGAGAACGCAGUAGACUACCGCAACAUCUAUCCAGACCCCUCACAUGGCGAAUACCUAGAAGACGACCUCAAAGAACCCUUCAAGCGGUACGUCUUUGACGAGAAUGACGGAGACGAAGACGAAACGAUCAAGAGAAGCCCAAGCGAUCUCAACGACCGAGGGCGCGGGCGCACAAUCGAGACUCAGGGCAGCGGUCUCGCUGUUGUGCGGGCGAUGUGGGAGUUCCUCCGUCGAGCAGAAGGCGCUGAAGGGUAUUUGUCGUGA